UUUCGCUGUUUCAGGCACAGACGACGCCGUUUAUUUCUUUGACACGCGAAUGACGCGAGGUUAACUUUAGGGCUCCUCAACUUUUUCAAAAAUUACUGGCAGCUUCUGCAACUUUUCUGCAAGACAAUGUCCAGCUCUAAAAAGUCUCCUUUACCCACUCCAAGCCCUGCCCCUCGAAGGAAAAUUGCCGCUGUGAAGAAACCUCUUACUGUUGAAGACGAAAACACUUUAUUCUGUAUUAUUAGAAAUGGCAAAAGUUCUGUUCAGAAAACUGUAGAUGAAUGGAUUGAACAGUACAAAGCUGAUCGUGACUCAGGAUUGCGUGCCAUAAUGCAGUUCUUUAUUAGUGCUUCUGGAUGUAAAGGGAAAAUAACCUCUCAAAUGCAAAGUAGCAUGGAAUAUGCUGCUAUAAUCCAUCAUAUGACUGAAGAGUUUGAGGAAGAAAGUGAUGAGUACCCGAUAAUCAUGUCUGGUCCACAAUGGAAAAAAUUUCGAAGCAACUUCUGUGACUUCGUUGAGACACUUGUGAAGCAAUGCCAAUAUUCCAUCAUUUAUGAUCAGUACCUCAUGGAUAAUGUAAUUUCGCUACUUACUAGUCUUUCUGAUUCACAAGUAAGAGCGUUUCGUCAUACUGCUACACUAGCUGCUAUGAAAUUCAUGACGGCGUUGGUUGAAGUGGCUUUGACUGUAUCGAUUCAUCUUGAUAACACGUCUCGUCAGUAUGAAGCAGAGCGGCAGAAAACUAGUGAUGGACGAGCCAGUGAUCGUCUCGAAGCGUUGCUUGCCAAACACCAAGAACUUGAAAAAAACAUGGAUGAAAUUAAAGAAAUGUUGACUUACACCUUCAAGUCGAUUUUUGUCCAUCGUUACCGAGAUACUGUUACCGAUAUUCGAGCCAUUUGUAUGGCGGAAAUUGGCAUUUGGAUGAGGCGGUUCCCCCAAAAUUUCCUCGAUGACUCCUACCUCAAGUAUGUAGGGUGGACUUUGAAUGACAAAGUUGGCGAUGUUCGUUUAAAAUGUCUUCAAGCCCUCGAACCUCUUUAUGCUUCAGAACAACUCAAGGGAAAAUUGGAACUUUUCACCAGUAAAUUUAAGGAUCGUGUCGUUUCGAUGACACUAGACAUAGAUUGCGAUGUCGCAGUUCAAGCUGUUCGUUCUGUCAUCACUAUUCACAAAUACCAUCGAGAAGUAUUGUCAGAUAAAGAUUGCCAGGCUCUGUACAUGUUGGUCUUCUCUUCCCGUCGAGCCGUUGCGCAAGCUGCUGGUGAGUUUCUCAACGAGCGACUUUUAACACUCGAUGAGACUAGUCCUCCGGCUCUACGUACUCACCGUGGCAAAACGAGACUGCCCAGUACACCUCUCAUUCGUCAUUUGGUUGAUUUUUUCUUUGAAUCUGAGAUGCCUGAACACGGAGCAUAUUUGGUCGACUCCCUCAUUGAUUCAAAUGAAAUGAUGAAAGAUUGGGAGUGCAUGACGGAUUUGUUAAUGGAAGAUCCCGGACCAGGCGAAGAGUCUUUAGAUGAUGAGCAAGAAACAAGUUUGAUCGAACUGAUGACAUGUUGCAUCAAACAAGCCGCGACUGGAGAGUCACCCGUUGGGCGCAAACCUGCAAGAAAGGUUACCACCACGAAACAAAUCCAUCAAGUCCAAGAAGAUCGUGUUCGACUAACUGAACAUUUUAUACAAACCCUUCCUCUGUUACUCGGGAAAUUUAUUGCGGAUCCAGAAAAAGUUGCAAACCUUUUGUUGAUCCCUCAAUUCUUCAAUUUGGAAAUCUACACUACCUCACGUCAAGAAGAGAGCUUAGAAUCUUUAUUGCGUCUGAUGAAAACUGUUGUCGAGAGACGCACCGAAACAAAAGUGCUUGAAAACUGUGCCAAAACAUUGAUAGUUCUUUGUAGUGAAGAUCACGCCAUCUACUCUCGAUGUGACGUCAUAAGAAGUACUUUAUUCGAUUAUCUGGAUAGAAGAUUGCGUGAUGUUCUUAAAGAACCUGUAACCGCUGGUGACGAAGAUCAGGUGUUUGCCCUGGUAUCAAGUUUGGAAAAAGUUGCCAUCUUCAGUUCGUGUCACAAUCUUGGACCAUGGAAAUUGUGGGAUCCUCUAUUCAACGCUGUUCGAGAAGCUAACGACCCAAGCCGGUCUUUGCCACCUGAGGCCAUAAAACACUGCAUUUCAGCCUGCUAUUCUGCCAUUUUAUGGGAACUUCUACAGCUGGAAAACGGAUCUCGACGAGGAACGUCUGCCAGCCAACAACAAAAGCAACUGAGAGUUCAUUUGGAUGCCUACAUUCCGUUGAUGGCAGAGCUUGUCAUCACUUCUAAUUUUGCUCUCGUUAGAGAUCAGGCCUACAUGUCGGUGUGCGAUUUGCUAAUCGUUUUUUCCAACAAACUUAAAAGCAAUCCUCUUUCAGGACCGCUGGUCUAUGAGCCUGAUCGUGACCUUCAACAAACUCUAAACAAUUUCAUUCAGAAAUACGUGUUUGUUGAAGAGGAGGACGAAGAAAUCGACGAAGAAACUAAAGUUGAAGAAUUGCACAAACGCCGCGGCUACCUGUCUAACUUCUGCAAGCUGGUUGCUUACAACGUCUUGCCCAUACAAACUGCGGCAGAUGUUUUCCGACACUACGUGAAGUAUGACGAUUACGGUGACAUCAUUAAGAUGACGUUGGGAAGAGCCCGAGAAAUCAACAAAGUUAGCUGUGCCAGGACUAUGGUUCUUAGUCUCUCCAUGGUUUUUCGUGAUUUCAGUAGAGCUGCCGGAAGUCGUAUUGAUCGACAAUCAGAAGAGUUUUUGAGCGUCAAGGAAUUGGCCAAAAGAUUUGUGCUUUCUUUUGGACUGGACGCGGUAAAAAAUCGCGAAGCCAUCACCGCCCUCCAUAGAGAUGCCAUUAUUUUUGCCAUCAACCCACUCAAGAAUCCCAAUGAUCCAACUGGCCCUCCUCCUAAUUUGGCUUUUCUAGAAAUCGCCGCCGAGUUUACAAAAAAACUGCUGGAACAAGACAAAAAAACGGUUCUACAGUUUCUGGACCGAGUGCUGACAAUGGGAAGGCCUUCAUCUCGCGGCGAAGAAUGGCAACCUCUCAUCUUGUACCGCAAUUCUUUGGCUCCGCAGACGGCUCGGCGUGCCUACGGAAGGCCUCGACGCGAUGCAGGCGGGGACGACGGUGAAAUCGCUGAUGAUAACGACGAUGCCGGAUCAGAUCAAGAAAUGGCUGGAUAAUACGUAUUUCCUUUGGUUUUCUUUUGCAUAAUAAUGUUUACACUUCAUUGAUUUUACAGUUAUUAUCUCUCGUUAUUCGGAAAAAUUAAUGUUGCCGUUUCGUCAAGACGUUCUCCGACUUGAUUGUGUUUCCCUUUUGUCGGCAAGUCUUUUAUCAGUUCUAUGAUUGCUUUUGUUUCCCCCGCUUUUGUCUUCUUUUAAAUAACAUAGAAAAGUAACAAC